GGUAUGACACUUCUGGCGCUCUCUCAGGGUCCUUCUGUUGAACCUGAGCAGGGCCCGGUUCUGCUGCCCGGCCCGAGCACAUGCUCGUCCUCUCUAAGGCAAUGCAGAGACCCUCACUGUCUCCCAGCAGUGUCUAAACUCAGCUCUCUGGCCUGCCCCGGGACUCCACCUAUGACCCACAGGAGGAGAAGGACGCCGAGGAGAGCUCCCUGAGACAUUCAUGGCUCCGAGGUCAGAGCUAGCCAUGAGGAGAACUUGCACAUGCAUUUACCACUUCCUUGUUUGGAGCUGGUAUCUUUUUCUCAAUUACUACAUCUCGCAGCAAGGAGGGGACCAGCGGAAAUCCAAAAUCUUUCUAAAUGGUGGACAGUGGAAAUACUUGACCUUCCUAAAUCUGCUCUUGCAGGCCAUUUUCUACGGGGUCGCCUGCGUGGAAGAUGUGCUGAAAAGAAUUAAAGGGGAAAGAGACCUUAAGUUCGUGACCGCCUUCAGAGACCUGCUUUUUACCACGCUGGCUUUUCCAAUAUCCACAUUUGUAUUUUUGUCAUUCUGGAUCCUCUUUCUCUACGAUCGAGAGCUCGUUUACCCGAAGGCCCUAGAUGGUAUCUUUCCAGAAUGGUUGAAUCAUGCAAUGGUGCUCGUGUUACCGAGCAGGAGAACAUUUCUGCAGGACACUGCUCUCUUGGAUGGUGUCUCCACUUACCCACACGCUGCACGCCCAUGGCAUGGAUUCCUGGCUCGGAGACGCUUCUCUGUCUUGAGUUUUGAAUUCUCCGCCCUGCCCUUCCUCUCCCUCUCACGAUCUAAUGGGCACAUUCGUGUACACGGGCGCUUGCUUUGCCGGCUCGUUCCUAAAUCUCGCCCACUCUGGUGCCCUAGCAGCGACCGUACUUUCUUACGAGCUGCCCCGUCUCACCUGCAGGUACUCAUGAGAUUCAUCCAUUUUCUCGAAGGUUUCAGGAAGUGAACACAUGGGGGCAAGAGACAGCUCUUUCUCCAGGGAGGUCCUGCACGCUGAGCCAGGAGGCCUGGGGGGCCACUGGGCUCCGGGAGUGGGAGUAAAAGCUUUGCUCAAAGUGGGCAUCCUGCUUUGAUGCUCAGUGAUUCUACAAGCGCAUGGGGCAUAUACUUACAGCCCUUUGGUUUGUUUAAAAAAAAUUUUUUUUAACAUUCAUUUAUGGAGAGACAGAGUGAGACACAGAGUAUGAGCGAUAGAGGGGCAGAAAGAGAGGGAGACACAGAAUGCCAAGCCGGCUCCAGGCUCUGAGCCAUCAGCACAGAGCCCCACGCGGGGCUCGAACUCACAAACUGUGAGAUCAUGACCUGAGCCGAAGUCGGACACUUAACCCACUGAGCCACCCAGGCGCCCCCCCUUGUUUGUUUUUAUAGAUAAAAUCCUUGUCCUAGUCCCGUGCUUUUGAGGGAGGGAUGAAUUAAGGAGCCAAAUGAGAGCAGAGCAUUUUUUUUUUAAUUUAUUUUUUAAUCUUUAUUUAUUUUUGAGACAGAGACAGAGCACGAGCAGGGGAGGAGCAGAGAGAGAGGGAGACACAGACUCUGAAGCGGGUUCCAGGUUCUGAGCUGUCAGCAUAGAGCCCGACGCGGGGCUCGAACCCACGAAAGCGAGUUCACGACCCGAGCCAAAGUCGGACACUUAGGCGCCCCAAGAGCAGGACAUUUUUGCGCCUUUGCUGGGCGUCCAGAUCGUGUCUGCCGUGUGCUGUGUGUAUGGGGCCAGAUGACGUAUGAUACAGACCUAGCCCCCGUCUUCGUGGAGUGUAUAGUCUAGAGAAGGGACAGAUAUUAAACAGUCUCCUAAAGUAAUGGAUAAGGACAAACUUUACGUAUUCUAUGAGAAAGACCCACAGCACAAUGUGGGUUUGUGGGUCAGAAAAAAGGCCUCUGUGAGGAUGAGUGGCGGGUAGCCGGGAGGGAGCAGGGGGCAAAAAAGGAGUUCAGGCAGAGGUAAGCGCACAUGAAGCCCCCAGGGCGGAAGGAGCUCGGGGCACAGAGGAAGGGAGAGCAAGGGAGAGGUGCCGACCAGGUCGGAGAGCAGCUGGUGGGGUUGUCGGGGCCAGAGCAUGAAGCCCCGUGGACACCAGGCUGAGGACUGUGCGUCCUGUUUUUCUUGCCAUGGGAAGGCUCUGCGGAAUCAUUGCCGGGGGGGGGGG